UCUCACUUAGGUAAUCUGCCACAUCCACUUCUCAGGCCAUGAUACCAAAUUGUCACACCUUUGGCAUAGUCCUAUUUGACACACAAACCCACCCUAUACUUAAAACCCUAUUCAAUUCCCACAAAUUUCCACAAGUAAACUUCCCCAAAUUGAAACUAUAAAUCCAUUCCUCCUAUACAGUUCAAAUGCAAGUGGUGCAAGCAGAGAAUCAAUCACACACAAUUGCAAACAUUUCAGCUCACCAAAUUAAAACUGCCAAGAAACACAUGCUAGUACAACACUCCAAAUAUCAUGCACACAUAACCAACACCACCAACAUUAUUAUUAUUAUAAUUACCCUCUCAAACUAACCAAAACUCACACAUUUCCACAUUUUUUCUCUAUCAUUCUACCACCAUGAGUACCAAACUAAGCAAUCUCAAAUUCUGUUCCUUCAGCCUCUCCCUCCUUCAAGACAUUCAAAUGUUGGAGAUUCUAAUUGCUGUCACGGUCUUCAUAAUCAUUCAUUCUCUCAGGCAAAAGAAGCAUCAUGGCCUACCCAUUUGGCCUGUUCUUGGAAUGUUACCUUCUCUUCUCACAGGACUUAGAACAAACACCUAUGGAUGGCUCACUGAUGUGCUCACCAGGCAGAACAUGACAUUCACUUUCAAAGGGCCUUGGUUUAGCAGCCUCCAAUGUGUCAUCACCUCGGAUCCACGCAACCUCGAGCACGUUCUCAAGACCAAUUUCGCUGUCUACCCUAAAGGAGAAUACUUCAGGAACACCCUCCAAGACCUCCUUGGAAAUGGUAUCUUCAAUGUGGAUGAUGAGGCAUGGCAGAAGCAAAGAAAAACAGCAAGCAUUGAGUUUCAUUCAGCAAAAUUCAGAAAACUAACAACUGAGUCCUUGUUUGAGCUUGUCCACUCUAGGCUCUUACCAGUGUUGGAGGAAUCUGUUACAAAAUGUGUUCAAAUAGACCUCCAAGAUGUGCUUUUGAGGCUGACAUUUGAUAAUGUGUGCAUGAUCGCGUUCGGCGUUGAUCCAGGCUGUUUGAGUCUAGGAUUGCCUCUGAUACCAUUUGCAAGAGCCUUCGAGGACGCAACGGAAGCCUCGCUGCUUCGAUUCAUCACCCCCACUUGUAUAUGGAAGACCAUGAGGUUCCUCAACUUGGGUUUGGAGAGGAAGCUGAUGAGAUCAAUAAAGAGGGUUGAUGAAUUUGCUGUUGAUGUUAUUCAUACCAGAAAAAAGGAGCUUUCUUUGGAAUUUGAUGAUGAGAAGAAGCAGAAAUCAGAUUUGUUAACUGUGUUUAUGAAGAUGAAGGAUGAGAAUGGAAAACCAUACUCAGAUAGGUUCUUGAGGGAUAUUUGUGUGAACUUCAUCUUAGCUGGGAGGGACACUUCUUCAGUGGCUUUGAGUUGGUUUUUCUGGUUGCUUGAUGAAAAUCCUGACGUGGAGGAGAAGAUACUAGAAGAAAUAUGCAGGGUAGUGAAGCAGAGAAAAGACAUGACCAAGAAUGAAUUUGGAAAUUCCUUGACAUUUAAGCCAGAGGAGAUUAAAAAGAUGGAUUAUUUGCAUGCUGCUUUAUCAGAAUCUCUGAGAUUAUACCCUUCUGUGCCUGUGGAUCACAAGGAGGUAGUUGAAGAUGAUACUUUCCCAGAUGGAACAGUGCUAAAGAAAGGAACAAAACUGAUAUAUGCAAUCUAUGCAAUGGGGAGAAUGGAAAGCAUAUGGGGCAAAGACUGCAACGAGUUCAAGCCAGAAAGAUGGUUAAGAGAUGGUCACUUCAUGAGUGAGUCUGCCUACAAAUUCACUGCCUUCAAUGGUGGACCUCGGCUAUGUUUAGGCAAAGAUUUUGCAUACUAUCAGAUGAAAUAUGUUGCAGCCAGCAUCAUAUUCCGCUACCGUGUGAAGGUGGCAGAGAACCACCCUGUGGCGCCAAAGCUUGCCUUGACCAUGUACCUAAAGCAUGGACUGAAAGUUACCCUCUGCCCAAGGGAUGCUGCAGAGAUUCAAAAGCACUUUUGAGAUUGGUUAAAGUGAGUUAGUAAUAGUAGUGAUGACUAAUAGUAAUAAUGGUCACUUUAUUUUUAUUCUUUUGAAGUGUUUUGGUUCAUGGUUUGGACUUUGGAACAUAAAGAUCCUUAUUGGUAAGUACAGAGUGAUUAAGAUACAGGAUUUGAGUAUAGUCCUUGGAAGUUAAGCCUAAAUAAUGAUGUCCAUGUUAAACUGUUGGUUGUGCUGUUGAAUGGAUAUCUUGGCAUGGGAUUGCCUAUAAAUUCAUGUUAGAUUCUUGCUGAA